CCGGAAACUCAAAAAAUGUGUACAGCAUUGUUAGUGGUAAUGAAUCUUGGAUUUACUGUUAUGAACCAGAAAAUAAACGACAGUCGGCUGUUUGGGUGUUCCAAGGUCAAGAAAAGCCAACAAAAGUCAUCCGUUCUCGAAAUGUUUCGAAAAAGAUGGUCACGACAUUUGUGUCAAAAGCGGAUCAUAUUGCAACAAUUCCUCUUACGAGCAAAGAACUGUUACUGCGGAUUGGUAUACCAUCAUUUGUUUGCCAAAAGUCAUCACCGAGCUUCGAGAAAUCAACCCCGAAAGAAGAAUCAUCCUCCACCAAGAGAAUGCAAGCUCGCACACAGCCCAUAAAACAAGGCAGUAUUUAACGGAAGAAAACGUGGAAUUAUUGGACCGUCCUCCAUAUAGUACCGAUCUAAGUCAUAACGAUUUCUUUACUUUUCCGAAAAUUGAAAACAGACUGCGUGGACAAGGGUUCCAGUCACCAGAAGAAGCAGUUGACGCAUUCAAAAAUGCCGUUUUGGAUCUGCCAGCAAACGAGUGGAAUAAGUGCU